UAAUCCUCCUGAGUUGUGUAGUUUCAGGUGCGGCUGUUGUGUUUCCGGUUUAUCACAAGAAAAAACUACAAUCUGCCUCCAAGAGAGAAUCAAAAUGAGCAUUCGGGGACUGGGCCAGGUGGAGAAGAAGUACGACCCUCUGGAUACCACCCUGAAGUUUGUUAGCAGGAGGGACGACCUGGAUCCUCUGUGUGAUGAUGAUGAUGAUGAUGACUGUCUGAGAGCAGAGAUGUCCUGCGGCCAUGCUGUCACCCCCGACUCUCUCACACUGUGGUGUCGCAGCCAGCUCGAUGAGGGUAUUCACAAAUUCAGAUGCCCUGCGGUGGUGCAGGGGACCAAACUGUGCAAUAAACUGUGGUCGUACCAGGAGGUGCGCAGACUGGCCAACUUGUCUGUUGAGGAAAUGCAGCAUUUUGAGGAGACGAUGGCUCGUCUGGCUGCUGCAGAAUACUGCGAAAUUCAGCCGUGCCCACAGUGCAAAACGUGUAUAGAGAGGGAGGAUCUGUCCAACCUGUGCGUCCGCUGCACCAUAUGCACAGCCGAUCAGAAGAAGACCUACCAGUUCUGCUGGCAGUGUCUGCGGGCGUGGAAAGGUCCAGACCCUCGAUCUGACCGCUGCAACAAUGACGGCUGCAUCAACAGGGACCUGCAGCUCCUGCAGACGUGUAAGGACAUCAGUCUGCCCGCAGUGGAGGGGGUCACCGCCUGCCCCUCUGUCCGAGCCUGUCCCACAUGCGGCAUGAAGGUGGAGCAUAAUCAACACAACUGCAAAAAUAUCCGCUGCCCUCGCUGCCACGUGGAGUUCUGUUUCGUCUGCCUGAAGCUGAAGCGCGAAUGUUGUAAAACCAGUUCACCAUAUAAAAUGUGUCCCAGUGGGGUCGCUCCCAGACAGACCUCUGUCCCUGUUUGGAAGAGGAGGUGAAAAAAAUGUUUGUCUGUACUUUAUGAGCCAUUUAACAAUAUUCAACAAUGUAUGUUAAAAGCUAAAAUUUUGAUAAGUGCUUUUUUAAUUGCGUGUCGUCUCUAUGAUACUUGCACCUGAUCAGAUGUAGCACUC